AUCAACUACAUGUCUCUCAAGCUGGAGGCAGAAGGGUAACACACCACCACCAUGGCACAAGUUCUUCACAUAAACCCUCUACGUUCCUCAACCCGACCCGAAUCAAACGGUACCCUAUUCCUCAGCCAGACCCAGAAGCAAGAUGUGAAGCACAGCUGGACCUCUUUGCAGAGAGAAUUCAAGUGUAAUGGCAAGUUUACUUGCCUUUUCUCAGGCGGUGGCAGAGAGGAACAAGCAAAGAAAGCUUUAGAAAGUGCUCUUGGUGGAAAGAAAGAUGAAUUUGAAAAAUGGAACAAGGAAAUUAAGAGGAGGGAGGAAGCAGGUGGAGGGGGAGAUUCUGGUGGAGGAGGUUGGUUUGGAUGGGGUGGACGAUUUGGCUGGUCCAAUGGUGACAAUUUUUGGCCAGAAGCACAGCAAACAAGUCUUGCUGUCCUGGGUAUUAUUGCCAUGUAUCUCAUAAUUGCAAAAGGUGAUUUGAUCCUUGCUGUCAUGGUCAAUCCUUUGCUAUACACUUUGCGAGGGACAAGAAAUGGGCUAACUUUUAUAUCAUCAAAAAUGUUGAGAAAGGCAUCUCCAGAUGAUCCUGCUGAUUUUGCUGGUGCGUCAAAGAAUGGUGUUUAUGUUGAAGUUUCAGCUAAAGAGAGUGUUAAAAGAAAAUGGGGAAGCAAUUGAUAAGUUAUCUCAGGCUUGAGCAUUGUUUCAUCCCUCCACUUGAUGCUGGUGCAUCUACAAUUGUAUUGGACAACUGAAUCACGGAUUCUUGAGAACGCAAUUUUAAAUUGUGAAGACUACCGAGCCUGGCUGCAUGGUCAGCCACUAGAGUUGGGGACGUGCUUCCAUCUUUUUGGGGGCAAUUUGUAUUUGAAAUCUAGUUUGUCUUCUCCCUGUAACAUCAAGGUCACGGGUUAUUUGAACAUCAAAUGGAAAGAGAAUUGAUCCAUAUUUUGUCAGUAACAUCCAAGUCUACUCUUCUGUAAGAUGCAUCAUUUAUCAUCACUAGAUAAUACAUUAAUUUUGAUUUUGAGUA